AUGUCGUCCUCUUCAUCCUCCGAGCAGUACGAGGAAGGCGAGUAUGAGAGCAAAGCCAAGAGACUGAAGAGCGGCCAGGAGGACGGGGAGAUAGACUGUACAUCGGAGGAACAAGAGGGGGAGCUGGCCACAGCACCUGGAGACUCGGCCAGCUAUGGGAAUGCAGGUGGAAACCAACACAAAGUAUCGGUCUCUCCUGUGGUCCAUGUGCGAGGUCUGUGCGAGUCUGUGGUAGAGGCUGAUCUAAUGGAGGCUCUUUCAAAGUUUGGAACAAUAUGUUAUGUGAUGAUGAUGCCCUUUAAGCGUCAAGCCUUGGUCGAAUUUGAAAAUACGGAGUUUUCGAAGAAAUGUGUUACAUUUGCUACCUCCGAGCCUGUGUAUAUAGCAGGACAGCAAGCCUACUUCAAUUAUUCCACAAGCAAGCGUAUCACACGGCCAGCAAACACUGAAGAUCCUUCUGGGGGAAAUAAAGUUCUUCUGCUAUCAAUUCAGAAUCCCCUAUAUCCAAUCACUGUCGAUGUCUUGUACUCAGUCUGCAACCCAGUAGGAAAAGUGGAGCGUAUAGUAAUUUUUAAGAGAAAUGGGAUUCAAGCCAUGGUGGAACAUUUGACACCGUGCACAGUGCCCAGAAGGCUAAAGCUGCAUUAAAUGGCGCAGACAUUUAUGCUGGAUGUUGCACACUGAAAAUAGAAUAUGCCAGGCCUACACGUCUCAAUGUUAUUCGGAACGAUAAUGAUAGCUGGGAUUACAGCAAACCCUACUUGAACAGGCGAGAUCGAGGCAAGGGACGUCAGCGGCAAGCAAUUCUAGGAGACCACCCAUCAUCUUACAGAUAUGAUGGUUAUGGAAACCAUGGCCCAUUGUUACCUCUACCAAAUCGCUAUAGGAUGGGUACUAGAGAUACUCCAGAAUUGGUGGCUUAUCCUCUUCCUCAAACCUCCUCCUAUUUUCAUGGUGGACCUCCUGUUGGUUCAGUAGCCAUGGUUAGUGGUCUUCAUCAAGAGAAGAUGAACUGUUCUCACGUUUUCAACCUCUUUUGCCUAUAUGGAAAUGUUGAAAAGGUAAAGUUCAUGAAGACUAUUCCAGGCACAGCUCUUGUAGAAAUGGGUGAUGAGUACGCUGUGGAAAGAGCAGUCACACAUUUGAAUAAUGUGAAAGUCUUUGGAAAAAGGCUAAAUGUUUGUGUAUCAAAGCAGCAUUCUGUUGUCCCAAGUCAGGUUUUUGAACCUGAAGAUGGUAGUUACAAGGAUUUUUCAAUGAGUAAAAAUAAUAGAUUUACCAGUGCUGGUCAGGCCUCCAAGAACAUUAUCCAACCGCCAUCUUGUGUUCUGCAUUUUUAUAAUGUCCCCCUAACAAUGGACGAAAGUAUAUUUCAGAAGCUCUGCGAAGACCAUGACGUUCCCAAAUUCAUCAAAUACAAAGUGUUUGAUGCAAAACCUUCAUCUAAAACAUUGUCUGGCCUGCUAGAAUGGGAAACAAAGAAUGAGGCUGUUGAAGCACUCACGGUAUUAAAUCACUAUCAAGUAAGAGUACCAAAUGGUUCAAAUCCUUAUACAGUGAAACUGUGUUUCUCUACCUCUUCCCAUCUUUAA